AUGAUGGACAAUAGAAACCACUCUAAUCUGCCAGACAAACUGCCUGUCUUCACUGAUUCUGCCCACUUGCCACUGACUAGGUCCUUCUAUCUGGACCCCAUGGUCACUUUCCACUUGUACCCUGAGGCCCCAGUGCCAUCCCCUUACUCUGAAGAGCUGCCAUUGCUGCCUUUUUCCAGUGACUCCUUAAUCCUGGAAAAUUAUGGUGAACCUUGCCCCUUCUCCUUCCCAAUGACUUAUCCAAAUUACAGAAGGUGCGAAUACUCCUACGGGCCAGCCUUUAUCCGGAAAAGGAAUGAGCGGGAAAGGCAGCGGGUGAAAUGUGUCAACGAAGGCUAUGCCCAGCUCCGCCAUCAUCUGCCAGAGGAGUACUUGGAGAAACGACUCAGCAAAGUGGAAACCCUCAGAGCUGCAAUCAAGUACAUUAACUACCUGCAGUCUCUUCUGUACCCUGAUAAGGCUGAGACCAAGAAUAACCCUGGGAAAUGUUCCUGCAUAAUGGCAACCGCCAGCCUCCACACUGACCCCAUUUUUAGAAUCAUUUGA